AUGAAACCAGAAACUUUAGUUAUGAAAAUAAUAGAAGCUAUUGAAACAGCUUCCCCUACUGUAAUAACUUAUAAUGGUAAAAAAAUCAGCAUAACUAAAAAACUUAUUGAUAAAUACAAAUAUUGUAAAGUCAGAGACGAUAUAGACUUAGAAAGAAUUGACGAUAACGCAAAAGAAGUCAAAGCUGCCAACGCAAAGAAAGCAGCUGAUGGUAAAGCCGCUGAAGAACGCAGACAUAAUUUAAUAAUGGAAAAGGAAGCCAAAAGUUCAGGAGUGGGAGAUAUGAUAGGCACAAUAAAAGAAUUUGGAAAAAGAUUUGGGGAAGAAACCAAGAAAACUGUUAAACAAGGAUUAAAUAAAUUAGUAGAUAGUAUUGACACAGGAGAAAUCAAAGUCAAACAUAAGGGUAAUGGAAUAUUUUUAUAA